AAAGAAAACAAAGAUUUUUAAGUAGAGAUCACAUAUCCGUCGUGUUGCGCUUCAUCGUAGUUAUCGUCGCUCAUUCACCAACCAAGACACUCUGUUUUUUAUACAACACACACUCUCUCUCUCUCUGUUCCAGCUAUAUUGCAGAACUGAUUGUCGUUAUCAUAUACGGAAACACGUCACUUCCAUCAGCUUCCUCCGUCCUUCGCGCGCUCUCUGAACUGAAGUAUAAGAUUUCCGAUGGCCCAUUCAGCAGACUCCGUCAAUCCCAGAGAUGUUUGCAUUGUGGGUGUUGCACGCACUCCAAUGGGUGGCUUUCUCGGAUCUCUCUCGUCCUUACCCGCUACAAAGCUUGGAUCCGUUGCUAUCACAGCUGCUCUGAAGAGGGCAAAUGUUGACCCGUCUCUGGUCCAAGAAGUUGUGUUUGGCAAUGUUCUUAGUGCUAAUUUGGGCCAAGCUCCUGCUCGUCAAGCUGCUUUAGGUGCAGGGAUCCCUAACUCUGUUAUCUGUACUACAGUCAACAAGGUGUGUGCUUCAGGCAUGAAAGCGGUGGUGAUUGCUGCUCAGAGUAUCCAGUUGGGGAUCAAUGAUGUAGUCGUUGCGGGUGGCAUGGAAAGCAUGUCUAAUACACCAAAAUACCUGGCAGAAGCUAGGAAAGGAUCUCGGUUUGGUCAUGAUUCUCUAGUAGAUGGGAUGCUUAAGGAUGGACUGUGGGAUGUCUAUAACGACUGUGGGAUGGGAAGCUGUGCAGAGUUAUGCGCUGAGAAGUUUCAGAUAACUAGGGAGCAGCAAGAUGACUACGCUGUUCAGAGUUUUGAGCGUGGUAUUGCUGCUCAAGAAGCUGGCGCCUUCACAUGGGAGAUCGUCCCGGUUGAAGUUUCUGGAGGAAGGGGUAGGCCAUCAACCAUUGUUGACAAGGAUGAAGGUCUUGGGAAGUUUGAUGCUGCAAAACUGAGAAAACUCCGUCCGAGUUUCAAGGAGAAUGGAGGCACUGUUACCGCUGGAAAUGCCUCUAGCAUAAGUGAUGGUGCAGCUGCCCUUGUCUUAGUGAGUGGAGAGAAAGCGCUUCAGCUAGGACUUCAAGUACUCGCAAAAAUUAAAGGUUAUGGUGAUGCAGCUCAGGAACCAGAGUUUUUCACUACUGCUCCUGCUCUUGCGAUACCAAAAGCUAUUGCACAUGCUGGUUUGGAAUCUUCUCAAGUUGAUUACUAUGAGAUCAAUGAAGCAUUUGCAGUUGUAGCACUUGCAAAUCAAAAGCUACUAGGGAUUGGUCCGGAGAAGGUGAAUGUAAAUGGAGGAGCUGUCUCCUUAGGACAUCCUCUAGGCUGUAGUGGAGCCCGUAUUCUAAUCACAUUACUUGGGAUACUGAAGAAGAGAAACGGAAAGUACGGUGUGGGAGGAGUGUGCAACGGAGGAGGAGGUGCUUCUGCUCUUGUUCUUGAACUUGUUUGAUGCAUUUAUGAAUCCAGGUUGGUGAACUAUAUAGACGUAUGUCACGUAUCUAUGUUUCUUCCAACUUCCAAGAGUCAGUGAUUGCAAUUCAAGUUUGAUAUUGGUUGGUCCCUCAAUAAACGAGUGAUCUUUGAUGUUGUUAAAUCUAUUUAGUUAUAUGAACUCUGUUACUGUUUCUGUUUCCGUACUUGGUGACCUCAGUUCUCAGUUAUGAACCUAUUCAUUUUAGACUUCUAAUGAUAGUUUCACCAUUUGUCAAACCCUUUUGCUAGUCGGUGUCUUCCUCUUCUUUGUAAUGAAUACUUUCAUCUUCAUGCAAAUCAUGUUAUUGUUUUUUUCUU